CGCAUGCAGGUGUGGACGCAUCUGUGUCACUGACCUGCCACUCACUAGACUCGUACAUAAACAGCUCCGCGCGUGAUUGGUUUAAACCGCUUAUUGGCGCAUUCUGUUUUCGUUCAAUUAGCCUCUAGAAGUUUCAUUGAGGCAAAUUGCUUUAAAGUAUUUACUGAUCGCUCAGAUCAGUUUGUAAUUAUCUUAUCAGUUUGUAAUUAUCUUCCCAUUGAGGCUCUCUAAACAAGUAAUACUUUGAAACAUCUAUUAUAGCAUAGCGAUGUCGGCGCUGGAAAGUAGGCCUGAUGUGUCUCACUGAGUGGCCCAUUGAAAUACAACUUUCGAUUCCAAUUUCGCCACUUGAAAAGUUUCUCAAGAAAAUCAGUCUUUUCUCUCAGCGACUCCAUUAUUAUUAAUUUGUUCAAAAUUAAAAACUAAUCUAAAAGAUUGAACAACAAUUUCUGGAUAAUUUGAUUAAAUUAUUAAUUAAUUAUUCGAUUAUUAUAUUGCACAGCGACUGAAAUGAGGCCGAGAAUGUCAACGGUUUUUAUUGCGCUGGUGCUGUUACUAGCUAUUACUCACUGCCAAGCCGACAUCAUUAUGCCCGACCAAUACAUACAACUCAUGCGGAACCAAAAGCUCCUCGAACGGCUGCAGCCCCGCGACCGCUGCAUGUCGGAAGAGGCACGCAACGUGACGUCACUGCUGCAUAUAUGUUCGCUGCUGUGGGGCACGGUGCCCUACGAGGGGCGGUGCGUGCAGCUCCACGAGAGGGGACCAUGUCGUGCCGACCACUGGAUCGUCAUCAACAAGCACAAUCACCGUGCCAAGUGCGUCCCUCAGCUCUGCCCGAAGAACUCGGUGAGCAUCAACGACAGGUGCGAGAUGCUAGGCGUCAGCGCGGACGCCAAGUUCUGCAGGAAGACGUUGCAGUUGAUCGUUAACGAGUUCGGUGAAGCCGAGUGCGAGUGCCCCGUGAGCAAAGUUUGGCAUAGCCCCACUGAUGCCUGCUAUACCCCCCACUCAAAGGGACCUUGUGAAUCUGGAUAUACCAUCCAGGUUGCUAAUAACGGCCUGUCAGCUUCGGGAAAAUGCCGGCCUAACUUGUGUGAGACUCCAGGAAAUGUUCCGAUGACAUCUUCGUGUGAAGUGGUAACCGCAUCGAUGCGGCCACUCCCCGCCUUCAAAUGCUACGCCCUAGCAACGAUAGGUCCGUGCAAAAAAGGGUGGCUCGCAGUGGACACAACCACUUCUCAAGUGACCUGCAGCAACCACGGAGCUUACGCGAUAAUUCCGGUGCCUAUCCGCGCUUGCAGCGUCGGGUCCAUGCGUGAUGAGUCAGGAAGAUGUCGCAGUGACAUGACGCUAAUGCCCACUCAUGACAACCUCGAGACUAAAGACUCGGUGCCCACAGUUCAGCCAGGCUCUCAUGGCGACGGUAACGUGUGUCCGGAGGACUACGUCUUAAUUGGUGGCACUUGCACGCAUCUUGUCAGCGGGGCGUAGGUUCAAUGAAAUUUUCAAAUUUUUCUACACGACUGGUUGGAGUGCCAAAUAACUAACAUCUGCGCUGUCAAAAUUACGUGAUAUCACUGAUAUGACUAUCCAUGUUUUCAUAUAAUAUAGUUGUGCUUGAUUUAACGCUUUUCAAUUUGCUAUUAUAUUUUCUAAGUUAAAAAAUGUUAUCGUGUUUAUGUCCUUUUAAUUUUAAUGACAACUACUAUUCUUCUUAAAUGAAAUUUUUGAUAAGUAAUUGAUCGAGUUUAUUCGAAAAUCGAACGUAAAAGCAGUCCCUCUUUAGAUUUGACAUUUCAAGGAAGAAUACCAAACGAUAUUAAAUUUAUCUAUAGAAUUUUCCAUUUUAAGGACACUAUAUUAUGGAAGGAAACGAUCAAGUAUUCAUUAUAAAUGAUAGUUUUUGAAAAUUCUAAUACGUAUUGACUAUUGGG